AGCUCCAUCCAACGUUCAGCAUCCACAGCUUCCUGGAGUUGUUGUUUCAUACUUGUUUUGUAUUUGUAGCCUUCAGAUUUGCACAGAUAAACGCGCAGCGGCCCACUCGGUGCAGGUCUUAAUUUUUAAGAGCCAAUUUGAAUCGUUCUCUGUGCUCUGCGGCGCCCCUUACAGCACUCGCAGACGUGUAUAUAUACAUACAUCAUUCGCUAACGACCGCAAUCAAACCGGACCACUCGUCUACCAAGAGGAAGGUUUUUCGUAUCCAGCAUAUAUACUUCUUUUUCUUCUGUCUCCGCUUGUGUGGAUUUCUCGGCGAGCUAAGCCUGCUCGUCUCAUUACCGAGAGAAGGAGCAAGGUAAAGGCUGAAAGCUAGAAGCUGCCGUUACUGUCGUCGUUGUGGUGCGCUCCAUCAAAGGCAGUUUUGCUUAUUCAUUUCUUCUCUUUUGUUUGCGUAUGUGGUUGUGUGUGUGUGUGCUGCUGUACUUUGCACUUCCCCUGUUGUCGUCUCCUGCGCGGCCGCUUGAGGCAUGUUCAUGAGUUUUUGCGUUGCACGGUAGAAUCCUUUUUGUUUAGGCAUACGCUUCUCUUUCUCCUCCUUGUACAGGCCUGUGCCUCUUCUUUUUUCCUUUGCCUUUGUGCAUCUCCGCCAGGUCACUCGACCUCCGUCGAAGACCGGCUCCUCACGCAUCGCCAUACAAACCCCCCCCAAAAAAAAAAUCCGACACAGAAGGGAAAGAUGAGCGGCCCCAGCACGUCCGUCAUCGACUCCGCCGUGGUGUGUCUGCGUGUGAUGCGCCGCCUCCUGCAGGAUGAAGAGGUGACGCUGGCGCAGCUCAACUACCUGAUUGAAAACAUCCACGACCCCAUCGCCCAGGCGUGUCUUCCGCCGAGUCAGCGCCCCGUCGUCCCUUCGCUUUCGCUGUCGAGUCUACCGUCGAGCUGCCGCGCCGACUCCUCCAUGGCACGCCCGCACUGCAUCAACGCCUUAGCGCGGACGCUUUCUCAGGUAAACGGCAAAGACAAGAAGCACAACCAGCGUCAGUCUCCGCAGCCCGCCGUGGUGGUCGCCGCACCGGGAGGCCCACAGGCGUCCCACACGACGUCCCCUGCCACCUCGAAGCACAGCACCAACCCGAUCGCCCGCCACGCCGCUGCAAAGUCAUCGGCAGCGCAGAUCCCGUUGACCUUCAGUCAGUACUGGGACUUGUUUGCCAACCUCCCCACCCUCUACGCCGUACAGACGACGCUGGUGCAGAAGCUGGAAGGGAUCAUUCAGCGCCUACUGCUAAUGGUCGAUGAACUGCAGCCGCUGCGUGAGGGGGGUGAUGUCGCCGCACCCCUUCCGGACGAAGCGGCGCCUAGUCACCACGGCACCUCUGCCGGCACGGCCUCAUCGCCAGAUGCCCACGCAGCAGCCCUUGCCUCUGCACACAGCAGCGGGAGCUCCCGCAAGCAUGUGUCGGCGCUGCGCUUCUCUGUCACGGGCCCCAUCCCCGGCAACCGUGGCGUCUAUGGCGAGAUCGGCGUCAUGGUGAACGAGUUCUUUGGGUCAGAGCUCGUGCAGCAUUACACGGCGGAGCACAUGAUGUACACGGUGAAGUACACCCAGCGCGCCGCGCCGCAGCUACUGCGACUGGCGCGUAUCUGGCGGUGGACGGGCGGGGCAACGGGCGGAGGCUCGUCAGGCGUGUCUGCUGCAGCCCUCGCCAACCUGUCCGACGCGGAUCGCGCGAUGCUACUCCAGUAUUCGCUCUUCCUCGACUUCCUGUGGCGUUCGUUUGGCCGUGAUGGCAUUCCGAAAGACAGUCGCGUGUCCAUGACGUCAUCGCUGGAGUCGACGAUGGUGAAUGGGCAGGCCAUCUCACCGACGGACUCGGCAAACGCUGACUCGGUCGCCACUGCAGGUGCAGCAAACACCAACGUCGGCAGCAACAACGGCCAGCGACGAACACGCACUACCACGUCCAGCACGACAACGGCAGCUGGGACCGCUGCGGGUCCUGCGUCUCUCGGCGCGAACAGGUCAGCCCUGCCACCGCUCCCCGCCACGUGGGAGGGCUUCCGCACCAUUCUCAUGCUCCUCGCUACCCCGCUCGGUGGCCUUCGCCGCUACUCCCACGUCGCCCGCUGCCUCGUCGAGAGCGGUGCCCUCCAGCCAAAAGACCGCGACCGUCUGCAGGAGUCUUUUAUCGACGUCGUCGCCCUCCGCAUGAGCGAGGAGACGCAUCUGCUGAUGGAGGAACUGUGGUCUCACGAUGUGGCGGGCAUCAUGGCACUGAUGGACAUGCCCGGCAGUCGAGCCUCGGGCGACAAGGCGGGUCAGCCGGCGAACAUGCGACGCUUCGGCGCCGGAGCGGCAGGCGUGGGCGGUGUUGGGCUGCACAACGGACACACGAUUGCCCAAGACAGCGUCGCUGGCGCGGGAAGGGGGACCGCGGCAGCAGCAACGGCGACCUCGGCUGCCAGCUCACCCGUUUCCGCUGCCAUCGGUGCAAGCAGCGGCAACAGUAACGGUAACGCGCCGCCCACCGACUACGGCAACCGGGCGUUGAUUCAUUACGGGCGACUGAAUAAGCGCUCCGGUCGUGGCCGACACGAGCGGCUUAUCUUCCUCUUCAGCGACUGGAUGUGCUACGUGGAGGAGUGCAGCAACGGCCGCUUCCGAGUGCGCGGCACCAUUCCGUUACCCGGGCUGCGGGUGGUGGAGGUGCGUGGCGAAGAACCCGGCGACGCCAUGCACGGCUUCGAGCUCAUCUCGCCGAACCUGCCGAAGCGGCUCAUCUUCUUCACCACCUCGCCCGAGCAGCGCGGGCAGUGGGUGGACGCGAUUCGCUACACGGUGCGGCGCUUCAACGACCAGCAGCAGCCGCACCCCCGGCGCGAAAAGGUGUCACUCGCAGGCCCGAGCGCUGCCGUCAAUUCUAGCCUCAUCGCCCCUGUCGUGGCGAUGGGGGAGAGCGGGCUGCCAAACGUCAUGCGGGCGACCGCGCCGAUGCUGUCGGCGCAGUCCCGGCUGAGUCGGCAGCGUCGCUACGACGGGCUGUGGCAGGACUACGUGGAUCUGCAGCGUCGCACGGCGGAGGCCGUCGCCCAGACCUCUCCGAUGCUGCUGGGGCUGCCGUCCGUCUCGCAGGGUGGCGGUGGUUUCGGCUCCCUCUCCUCCACCGGGCACUCUCCCCCGCCGACGGUCAACCUGUCGAACGACGGGUCACGGGACAGCAGUUUCGCCGGCCAGCGCUCCAGCAGCACGCAUCGCCAGCUGGAGUACGAUGUCACGCCGUGGUCGCAGAACGUCUCGGUGCACCGUCGCAUUCGCAGCCAGGAGUUGCUCGCCGCCCAUCAGCAGCAGCAGCAGCAGGGCACGGCGGCGUCCUCGCACACGGCCAGCCCGACCCACUCCGCCGGUUCACGGCUGAACGCGAGUCUCAGCUCAGGGCCGGAGGAGAUCGAGAAGACGACUGCCUUGCCCGCCGGUGGUGGUAGUGUCAGCGUGGGGGACGCCUCCGCCUUUGAAGGCGUCGUCUCGCUGCCGGGUCCCGACGAAGAAGGCCACCCAGUGGACCAGCUCCUCACCCCUCUCCUCCUAUCGCCCAGCGGAAGGUCGCCCGGGAAGGCGUUGGAGCAGAGUCGCAGUGGCUCCCUCCGCCCGGCCUUCCUCGAGCCGUCGGGCAGCGCGUCGACGCGCGUUGGCGGCGGCGGGAGCUUGAACGCCUCGCUGCGUCGCCCCGUCUCUGAGCGCUUCGGCGCGGUGAAGAGCAUGGGCGGCGGUGGUAGCAGCAGCAGCCUGAUGAAUUCGCCGGCACAGCAGCAACAGCAGCAGCGUGGCAGGAGCGCCUCGUCGUUUAACGUGCCGAGCUCGUCGCCGAAUCCGGCGAUCAGCGCGGUGUCAGCGGCCGCCUCAGACGCCGUCCCCACUGCCCGCGAGUCAACGACGCUUCCGCCCGCCCCCGGCGCGACGCCACUCAACAGCAGUAGAGCGGCGAAAUCGAAUGCGGAAGUCAAGACGGCGGCAGCAGCGGAGAAAGACACCGUGGAACAGAACGACCAGGAGGCCGUCUCUCCUCCGCCGCAGGAGCCGGUGGCUGAAGAUCUGGCCGCCUCGGAGGACUCGACGACGGAGCUGAGUGAGCCGGUGGAGGGAGAAGCGGAGGAAGAAGGGGGGGAGCCGUCGGCGUCGGAGACCGCCUCGGAUGUCCAUGGCAUCGAAAAGGGCGGAGCCGAAACGCUGCGCCUCUCCGCUCGCACCGCGGGCCGACGGGAACUCUACAGUGAUGUCUGGAACAACAACCUCGCGAGGCGGCCUGGAGCGGCGGCGGAGGACGAGAACGAGGACGAGAACGAGGACGAAGAGGAGGACGAGUCGAGUCGCAUUGACGCCCACAAUGAUGACGGCAGCCGUGGCCCGAGCGAAGAAGGUGCCGAUGCUCGUGAUGGCGCUGUUGCCCUGUCGGAGCCGUACGAUGAGGACCUGCACGACGAGGACGAGGUCAGCAUUCCCGAGCACAAGCUUCACUCGCACGGAGAUGUCGCCGCAGGUCCGGCGUUGAUGUCUCCUUCGCUGGAAGAUGCAGAAGCACAGACGGGCCAGACGGCCAGCAACACGGCUGAUACGCUGCAAGCGGCUGUCUCACCCAAUAAGCUGACAGAGGACGACGACGCAGUCACGGCGGUGGUGACGGCCUUCCGCCGCAACAGCUCGCCUGUGCGCAGUGUGAUGUGGCUCAACUCCCCCUCUCAGUCUGGAAGUCAACGAGACCAGGCAUCCCCUUCGUCAAUGCCGUUGCCGACGGCCUCGUCCGAGCAGGACGACACGCCUCAGAGGAGUCGGCAUGUGGACCCCAUGGCAGAUGCGAGCGUGGCGAAAGAGAAGAAGUAA